UCAUCACUCCCUCUCACAACACGGAAUAUGGCGGCCAGCUCGGAUCGAAUUCCUCCUCCUUUCCCUGACGCGGAGGAGCCGGGAGCCGCGACGUGUGACAUGGCAGACGGGGACAGCGACGAGGGGGAGGACAUCUUCAUUAAUAACAGCAACCCUGUGGCUGUGAGUCGAGGAGUCUCUCAGCCUCCAGAUCUGUUCGGUGAGGAGGAGGAAGAGGAGGAGGAGGAGGAGGAAGAGGCCAGCAGCACCGCUGCCAAAUCCAACGGAGUUCACUCUGAUGAUGACAACGACCUGUUUGCUGAGUCACACGUGAAGCUGAGCAGCUCUGGCCCAAAGGAGCUCUCCACCUCCUCUGGCCCUCCUCCUCCAUCAUCCUCCUUCACUCAGAGCCCUGCAGCCAUGCAGCGCACCUCCCUGGAGCAGUUGGAAGAGGACAGUUUUGAUGUAGAUGUCGCCGUCACCAACCCUGAGAAAGUUGGAGAUGGCAUGAAUGCAUAUGUGGCCUUCAAAGUAUCCACCAGGACCUCCUUGGCCAUGUUCAGGAGUAAAGUCUUCUCUGUGAGGAGGCGUUACAGUGACUUCCUGGGUCUUUACGAGAAGCUGUCGGUCAAGCAGUCGCUCCACGGCUGCAUCGUUCCACCACCACCGGAGAAAAGUGUCGUAGGAAUGACCAAAGUGAAGGUGGGAAUGGACGACCCGUCCUCGGUGGAGUUUGUGGAGAGAAGAAGAGCAGCUCUGGAGAGGUAUCUUCAGAGAGUAGUGUCUCACCCAUCGUUACUACAAGAUCCGGACGUCCGUGAGUUCUUGGAGAGAGAGGAGCUUCCCAGAGCAGUGAGCACCCAGGCGCUGAGUGGAGCUGGCUUCCUCAAAAUGAUCAAUAAGGCAUCAGAUGCUGUCAACAAGAUGACCAUCAAGAUGAAUGAGUCAGACACUUGGUUUGAGGACAAGUUCCAGGAGGUGGAGAACGAGGAGCAGCAGUUGAGGAAGCUUCAGGCGGUGGUCGACUCCCUCGUCAACCACAGGAAGGAGCUGUGUGGGAGCACGGCACUGUUUGCCAAAAGCAUGGCCAUGUUGGGAAACUCUGAGGACAACACGGCCCUGUCCAGGGCCCUGUCCCAGCUGGCGGAGGUGGAGGAAAAGAUGGAGCAGCUGCAUCAGGAGCAGGCAGCCAGCGACUUCUUCAUCUUCGCUGAGCUGCUGGCCGACUACAUCCGCCUGCUGGCUGCUAUGCGCGGGUGUUUUGACCAGCGCGUACGGGCGUGGCAGCGAUGGCAGGAGGCUCAGAGCACGCUGCAGAAGAAGAGGGAGGCCGAGGCCAAGCUGCUGUGGGCCAACAAGCCGGACAAACUGCAGCAGGCCAAAGACGAGAUCACCGAGUGGGAGGCGAGGGUGACUCAGUACGAGAGGGAUUUCGACAGGAUUGGCAUGACCGUACGCAAGGAGGUUCUCAGGUUUGAGAAAGAGAAAGCCAAGGACUUCAGGAGCCAGCUGGUCAAAUACCUGGAUGCAAUGCUGCAGUCUAAACAACGGCUCGUAAAGUUCUGGGAGGCGUUCCUGCCGGAGGCGAAGGCAAUAGCUUAAUGGAGAGGGAGACUCUUUUUUCUUUUUUAAGACCCCCCCCCCCCCCCCCCCCCCCCAACUGCCUUUUUCAAACACUGUACCUCUUGACCAUAAACUGAGAGGACAAUUUUGAAACACACAAGAAACUUCCAUCCAUUUUUUUUUUUUUUGUCUCUUUUUUUAAUCAUAGUGUAUUCGCUUAUUUUGUACAGUUCUUUGAUAUGAUAAAAAUGCCGCAUUGAAUUCCUCAUGUUUCAUGUUCUUGACUGAAAGAUGGUAUAAAGCAGGAGAUUGACCUGGCCGUGAUAUUUGUGAAAAUGUAUUUUGUGUCUCUCGCCUAAACCAGUAUAUUAAGGUGUUAACACUAAGGUACCCUUGAGUGACAUUGUCGAUAGUUUACAUUAGAAGAUAGACGUUUGUAAAUCAUUCCAGCCUCUUAACAGCUUAUGUUGAUGAAUGCUUGUCAGAUAAUGUUUUGACGCACUGAGAUGCAUUGUACAGUUGGAAAAGCUGUUGUUUUUGUGUUUUAAAAAAAAAGUGUAUUUACCAAAACACCCACUACUGAGGUAAUUUACGAGGAGUAUUGGCACAAUAUUAGGUCAUAGAAAUCAUGUGAGAACUCAAAGAUGUGACGGGGUUACAGGCAGAGUUGUUACAACAAUGAUGAAAGAAACUUACAGUGAGUGCAGGUUGAGAAAAUGCAAUCUCCGGUUUGUUGGUGUUUUCUACGAUGAUGUAUUUGCUCAAAUUGUGUUUAUUACAUGAAUCGAUUUAUUUAUUUAUUUUUCACAACAUUUUCAAGUUCUUAAGUCCAAAGUGACUUUUCUGCCCAGGAAAUGACUUUUGACAUGUAUGUACAGUACUUGAAUCGUACAACUACUAUAAAUUGGUUAAACGAUGACGGGCGAGCGCAGACAUUCACUUAUUUUCCUAUUCAGCAUCUUUAUGUGAGAAUGUGCUUUAUUUUUGUAUCCACUUUUCAUCGGCACGCACAUGUUACUGGAGAUGCGAAACAGGUAGAUGUACAAAAUAAAUACGAUUGGUUAAGCUUUGGG